UCUCUCUCUUAAUCUUGAUUUUUCGGCCGGAUGACAAAAAUCCAUUCUUUACUCAUGAACUAGAACAAUCUCCGAUUUGAAUUUUCUCCCUCUGUUUCCAGAUUCCUCAUCUGGGUACGUAAUCCCUUGAUUAAUCGAUUGUCGCCGGAGAAUAACAGAGCAAUAAUGGCGCCAAGUUCAGUUGUGGUGACGAUCGAGAAGCCACUGAUAGAAAUUUCCGACGUAAAGGCACAGGCUUUUCCUGACAAGUCGAAAGCUUCAAGUCCGAAACAGUUCACUUGGCUACUACUCUUGAAAGCGUACAGGGUCGUGAGUUGCAUUUCAUGGCUAGCAAUGGGGUCGAGAGAUGUACUCUUUACUGCGAAGAAGAGGAUCGAGAUGAACGAAGGUGAACCCAAGAACAGAGGAAGGUUGUAUAGAUUUCUCCGAGUGUUUCUUGCUUUAUCUAUAAUGGGUUUAGUCAUUGAAGGCAUUGCUCAUUUCAAAAAAUGGCAUUUGAUGACUAUGAUUCAUCCAUGGGAAGUUCAGGGUCUUCUUGAAUGGUCUUAUAUGGCUUGGCUUUCGUUUAGACUUAAUUAUGUCGCACCUUUGGUUAUUAAGCUAUCAAAUUUCUGCAUCGCCCUUUUCAUGAUCCAAUCAUUGGAUCGUUUCAUACUCUGCAUCGGCUGUUUCUGGAUGAAAUGUAAGAAAAUGAAACCAGAAUUGAUAAUAGAACCAGAAGGAGAUGAUAUUGAACAGAAUUCUAAUUUCCCAAUGGUCCUUGUUCAAAUACCCAUGUGCAAUGAGAAAGAGGUAUUCGCGACGUCAAUUGGGGCUGCUUGUCUGUUGGAUUGGCCAAAAGAUCGACUUUUAAUUCAAAUCCUGGAUGAUUCAGACGAUGAAAGUACACAGCUUUUAAUCAAGAAUGAAGUUUCGAUGUGGAGGCAAAAAGGGGUGAAUAUAAUCUACCGACACCGGUUCAUUAGAACCGGUUAUAAAGCAGGUAAUCUCAAAUCAGCCAUGGCCUGUGCCUACGUUAAGGACUAUGAAUUCGUCGCGAUAUUCGAUGCUGAUUUCCAACCCAACCCAGAUUACCUUAAACAGACAAUACCCUAUUUUAAGGGAAAUCCGGAAGUGGGUUUGGUCCAGGCUCGAUGGUGUUUCGUGAACAAGGAUGAGAAUUUGUUAACCAGACUUCAAAAUGUGAAUCUAUGCUUUCACUUUGAAGUGGAACAGCAAGUUAAUGGGAUGUUUUUGAAUUUCUUUGGCUUCAACGGGACUGCCGGAGUUUGGAGGAUCAAAGCUUUAGAAGAAUCCGGCGGCUGGCUUGAAAGAACUACGGUGGAAGAUAUGGAUAUCGCCGUUCGAGCCCAUCUACAUGGAUGGAAAUUCAUCUUCCUUAAUGAUGUCAGAGUCCUCUGUGAAUUACCGGAAUCUUAUGAAGCUUAUAAGAAACAACAACAUCGUUGGCAUUCCGGUCCGAUGCAACUAUUCCGGUUGUGUCUUCCGGCCAUCUUAACUUCCAAGAUAUCAAUAUGGAAGAAAUCAAAUCUGAUUCUUCUCUUCUUCCUUCUAAGGAAAUUGAUUCUACCCUUUUACUCAUUCACUCUAUUCUGCAUAAUUCUUCCAUUAACCAUGUUCAUACCAGAGGCCGAAUUACCUCUCUGGGUUGUUUGCUACGUCCCGGUUCUGCUCUCCUUCUUGAAUAUCCUCCCCACUCCAAAAUCAUUCCCAUUCUUGAUUCCAUACCUAAUGUUUGAAAACACAAUGUCGGUCACAAAGUUCAAUGCAAUGGUAUCCGGUUUGUUCCAGCUGGGUAGUGCUUACGAAUGGGUAGUAACAAAGAAGACCGGCAGAGCAUCGGAAUCGGAUUUACUAGCUUUGGCAGAGAGGGAAGAAGAGAAGUUUCCGGUUCAAAGGAGACUUUCUGAAUCUGGGUUAGAAAUGUUGAACAAAUUGAAGGAAGAAGAAGAGAAUAGGGUUCCAAUUGUGGUUGAGAAGAAGAAGAAACAGAAACAGAACAGGCUGUACAGAAAGGAAUUGGCACUUGCUUUCCUUUUACUGACGGCAGCUGGUCGGAGCUUGUUAUCAGCUCAUGGCCUACAUUUCUAUUUCUUGUUGUUUCAAGGUCUGUCUUUUUUGGUUGUCGGUCUGGACUUGAUCGGAGAACAGGUCAACUGAAUUCACGACGAUCAGAUCAUCAUCAUCAUCGGUGAGAAACAAACAAUCUAAUUGGGCGGGCGCGUGUCUUUCGGAUUUGAUUAAGAUUGUCGAAUAUAUAUAUUUUUAAUAUUAUAUAUAGAGAGAAUUGUAAUAGAAAAAUAGUGAUUCUUUGAUUGUAUACUUUUGGACCUUAUUUAUUCUUAGAUAA